GCUAAGCCAGAAGUGUCGGGAGCGCGCGCGGAUUGUCCACCGUCUUCGGUCCAUGCCAACUCUCACGUCUCAAGUCUUAUUAAUAUCAUCUUCAUCAUCAUCCAUCUCCACGGGGUGCCUGCGGAUCCUCCACGACCACUGAGGGAUGAAACGAAAAAGAACGUAUGUCCGUCAUCACAGCAAUGAGUGAGUCGUCUUCCGUUCACUCUGCAAAGCUUGUUUCCUUGGCCCACUCGCUCUCCGGACUCGGCCUCGACGCCGCCAAUGGAGGCCCCCCAGCUGUCAGCCUGCCUAACAAUGACAAGCCUCCUCCUCCGGAGUCCGGCAUCGACCUCGGGCCGGGGAUUUUCUUUGCCGACGGCAAGAGAAAGGUGGAUUACGUUCUGUGCUACAAAUACAAAAAAAGGCGAGCAUCCAAGGCCCGCCUUUCUAUCGCGUCCAAUGGUAGCAUCUCAAUACCCAUGCCGGGUUUAUGGGAAGCGGACCCGGAGUCGGGGGACGCUGGAGGAGCUCCUUCAGGAGAUGUGGAGGAGUCAAAGCUCACCGAGGAGGAGAAGGCUGUGAUGAGGGAGGAGUUUGAGGCCGGCCUGCUGGACGCUGGACUGCAGCUAGAACGUGAUAAAGAGAGGGCAAGCGGCAUAAGUUUCAUCCGGCUGCACAUCCCAUGGCCGAUCCUCAGUCGAGAGGCGGAACUUCAGAAGAUCAAAGUCGCUGUGAAAAAGAAGUGUGAGCUGCGUAAAAGGGCGGGCAUCGCAGGAAUGUGGGACUCCUUUGUCACCAAAAUCAACACGCCCUUUCAGCCGGACGUCCCGGACUUUGACGUCCAGCGAGAACCACAGACGCGCGCUCGUUUCAAGACGCUCAAACACCCUUUCAUCAGAGACAAGCUCCACCUGUAUGACAUCACGUCCACAGAGACGGUUUUCGACAACGCAACACGUAGCAGAAUCGUUGCAGAGAUUAUUUCCCGCACAACCUGCAGACACACUUGCCAAACCACCGGCAUCAUGUCGCUCGUGGCUCGGGCCGUCUACAUCUCUGCCUUUCCUUUGCAUGAUGGGUCGUUUUCCCAGAGAGGAGAUAAAGACCAGCGCAACGAUAGACAGGUGCUUCAUGAAGAGUGGGCUCGAUAUGGAGUCAUGCACAAGUACCAGCCUGUGGAUCUCAUCAGGAAGUACUUUGGGGAGCAGAUUGGCUUAUAUUUUGCUUGGUUGGGUGUUUACACUCAGCUCCUCAUCCCUCCGUCAGUACUGGGAAUCAUCGUCUUCGUCUACGGCAUCUUGACUGUGGACACUAACGUGCCGAGUCAGGAGACGUGCGACGACAACCUGAACAUCACCAUGUGUCCGCUGUGUGACGGCGUGUGUGACUACUGGCGGCUGAGUACGGUGUGCUCGCUGGCUAAGGCGUCCUACCUGUUUGACAACGGAGCCACGGUUCUCUUCGCUAUCUUCAUGUCUCUGUGGGCUGCCUGUUUCCUGGAGCACUGGAAAAGGCGACAGAUGUGUCUCAAACACGCUUGGGACCUAACCAGCCUGGAGGACGAGGAGGAGCGCGUCCAGGAAGAGCUGCGGCCCGAAUAUGAGGAGGCUUUACAGGAGAAGAAGACCAAUGCGAAAGCACAGCGUAAAAAGAAGCUGACUCAAAGUGGAGACGGAGCUGAUGGAGAGAGGGACCAGAUGCUGGCCUUCCAGCUCGAGCCAGAGUCCUUGGACAUUGAGGAUCACCUGUCCGGUUACCUCAUCAACGUGUCCACCUUACUGUUCCUGGUGUUUGUGACCUUUUCCGCUGUGUUCGGGGUGGUGGUGUAUCGCAUCUGCAUGUUAAGUGUGUGGUCCAUGAAUCCCGAUCCUGAAGCCAAGGCCAGCGUGAGGAUGACGGUGACCACCACGGGCAUCAUCCUCAACAUGUUGGUCGUGCUGGUGUUGGAGGAGGUCUACGGAGCCAUUGCUGUGUGGCUGACGGAGCUGGAGCUUCCUAAGACGAAGGAAGAGUUUGAGGAGAGGUUGAUCUUCAAAUCUUUCUUUCUCAAGUCCAUGAACGCCUUUGCACCUAUUUUCUACGUGGCCUUCUUCAAGGGCAGGUUUUCCGGUCGGCCGGGUGAUUACGUUUACGUCUUUAGCGACUAUCGCAUGGAGGAGUGUGCUCCCCCUGGCUGCCUCAUCGAGCUGUGCAUCCAGCUCAGCAUGAUCAUGCUGGGAAAGCAGCUCAUUCAAAACAACGUCUUUGAGGUUCUCAUUCCUAAGUUGAAGAAGAUGUACAGGACCAUACAAGAGCAGAAAGGACAGGACAGAGGAGCGGAGGAUGAGAUGGACGAAGCAGACGAGAGGAGAUCCAAACAACAGUACAACAAAGACUUUGCACUGGAGCCCUUUGAGGGUGUCAGCCCCGAGUACAUGGAAAUGAUCAUCCAGUACGGAUUCGUCUCUUUGUUUGUGGCUUCCUUCCCGCUGGCGCCCGCCUUCGCUCUUCUCAACAACGUCAUCGAGAUCCGACUAGACGCUUCCAAGUUUGUGACGGAGAUCAGGAGGCCGGAUGCUGUGAGGUGCAAAGAUAUAGGAAUAUGGUACAACAUUCUCUGUGGGAUCAGCAAGUUUUCUGUCAUUACCAAUGCAUUCGUGAUUUCAUUCACGUCAGAGUUUGUGCCCCGCAUGGUCUACCGGUACAUUUACAGCGUUAACGGCACCAUGAAUGGCUACACAGAGCACUCGCUAUCCUACUUCAAUGUCAACAAUUUCCCGCCGGGCACUGCCCCCAACACCACGCUCAUCACCGGCGUGUCCUUGUGCAGGUACAAAGACUACAGAGACCCCCCAUGGGCGCCAGACGCCUACACCUUCUCCAAACAGUACUGGUCUGUCCUGGCAGCAAAACUGGCCUUUGUGAUAUUUUUCCAGAACCUGGCCAUGUUCCUCAGCAUGUUGGUAGCCUGGAUGAUCCCCGAUGUGCCACGCUCUCUACGGGAGCAGCUAAAGAAAGAGAACCUGAUGCUGAUGGAGUUUCUGCUCAAUCAAGACCAGGAAGCACACGCUAAAUUGCUCUCGUCCAAACGCUGCAUCCCACCUCAUGUCCCCACCAACCUAGACAUCGUGGUGGAGGCGCCCACGGAGGAGCGAGAACCUCAGCAGGACCAGGAGGACGAGGAGAAGGAAGCCGAGGUCAACGUCACUCUGGAGGAACCCAGCGGGAACGGUGGCGGUGAUCCGGAGUUCGGGAAGUCAUUUGAAGACAACGGUGGAGAAGGAGAUGAAGAGCGAGGAUGCGAGGGAGAAGAUGAGGAGGCUGAGAAAGAGAAGGAAAUAAAAAGAAGUGAGCGAGAGGAUGGAGAAUAUGAAAACAAGAAAGAAAGAAGGGAGGAGGAAAAUGAAACCGCUGAAAUGACAGCAGAUGGGUACGAGGAUGUGGAUUUGGACGCUCUGAUGAUCCAGCUGGGCUUUUUAGAUGAAGACUCGUCAUCAAACACAUUGAAAGAUGCAGAGAUUUCACCACCAAGCAACAAUCAAGAUCUUCCAUCAAAUCCUGCAUCCAAAAGAAAUUCCCUCCAGACUCUGAGCAGCUCCCUAGCAGAAAUGGCACCAUCCGAUUACGAUGCAAUGCCCAUUGCUGCGCCCCUCAGAGAGCCAGGCGCCAGGGCGAAGACCCGCUGCUCCACCCUUCCUUCACGCCACCGAGGAGCCGGGGCGUCUUACAGCCUGCCCAGACCCAGCCAGUCCAGCAGCCUCACCAGAUUCCAGCAGCAGGCCUCUCUCGCCCCGCUGGUGCCGCUUGGAUCUUCAGCCAACCCUUUCUCAUCACCAUCUUCCCCACAUCCCGAGUCUCCACAGCAGCCCAAACGUGAACUGUUCACCCUGAAGGGCCCCCCGCCUCAGCGGCCUCGCUCUAGGGGCCAAGCCCGGUGCUCCACACUCCCCUCACGGCAAAGAGUCCCCGCUUCAGAGGAGCGCUCCACCAAGCCGAGCUAUUCUACUAGCUUCACAAAGCUGGGGGACAGAGUGCCCCCUUCUCCCAGUGAACUUAAACGCAACACAGCAGUAUGAGAGGGGGUGGGAGGCAGCGGAAAAAGACGACCCAGAUGAUUAUCUUGUCUGUGCCUGGAGCCUCACCCCCUAUCCACUCUCCAUAUUUGCAUACAGAACACCUGAAGUCGGACCACAGACCUCCAGGCUCUCCUUAUCCUUUUAUAUACAGUAUUUAUGCCAUGAUCAUUACCAGGAUGGACAGUUCAGAGAAAGUGACUCUGGAACAAAAAUCUUUGUAUUGUUGCUUUUCGUUUGUUUGGCCUACCAACGCAGCUCACAUUAGCCACACUGAGAAAGCUAUAUCAAACUCAGCUAGUUACGCUCGUAAAUCCCAUGUUUAUUUUUAGAGGUUUUUGAUAUAAAUAUGAAAAAACACAUGCAAAAUUAUAAUAAAAAAACAACAUAUUUUUAA